CUUGUCUUGCUCCUUGAGUUCUCUAGUACCUAGCCACCCUGCUGAUCUCCAAGCUCGCAGCUUGCUGUUACCCCUAGAGACUGCGUCGCCAUGGGCUGCUACGGUGAUUUCUUCGAGAAGGCCAAGCCUUACAUCGCGAUGAUCUCCCUGCAGUUCGGCUACGCCGGCAUGAACGUCAUCACCAAGGUCUCCCUCAACCACGGCAUGAGCCACUACGUGCUCGUCGUCUACCGCCACGCCUUCGCCACCGUCUCCAUUGCUCCAUUUGCUCUCAUCCUCGAGAGGAAGGUGAGGCCCAAGAUGACGUGGUCAGUCUUCCUCCAGAUCUUCGUACUGGCACUGCUCGGGCCUGUGAUCGACCAGAACUUCUACUACGCCGGCCUGAAGUUCACCGGCCCGACCUUCGCGUGCGCCAUGAGCAACAUCCUCCCGGCCAUGACCUUCGUGAUGGCCGUGAUUUUCAGGAUGGAGAAGGUGGACCUGAAGAAGGUGAGGUGCCAGGCGAAGGUGGCCGGGACGCUGGUGACGGUGGCCGGCGCGAUGAUGAUGACGCUGUACAAGGGCCCGCUGAUGAAGAUGGCAUGGAGCAGCCACGUGCAGGCGCACGGGCACGGCGCGGAGGCGCCCGUCGCCGCCAUCGACCCCAGCGGCCGGGAGUGGUUCCUGGGCUCGCUCUUCGUCAUCAUCGCCACCCUCGCCUGGGCCUCGCUCUUCAUCCUGCAGGCGCACACCCUGAAGCACUACGCGGCGCCGCUCUCCCUCACCACCCUCAUCUGCUUCGUCGGCACCCUGCAGGCCAUCGUCGUCACCUUCGCCAUGGAGCACCGCCCCUCCGUCUGGACCAUCGGCUUCGACAUGAACCUCCUCGCCGCCGCAUACGCCGGCAUUGUGACGUCGAGCAUAGCGUACUACGUGCAAGGCCUGGUCAUCCAGAAGACCGGGCCGGUGUUCGCGUCGGCGUUCAGCCCCCUGAUGAUGAUCAUCGUGGCCGUCAUGGGCUCCUUCAUCCUCUCCGAGAAGAUAUUCCUCGGCGGCGUCCUGGGCGCCGUCCUGAUCGUGAUGGGACUCUACUCGGUGCUCUGGGGCAAGCACAAGGAGGCCCAGGAGAAGGAGGAAGAAGAGGCCAUGGAGCUGCCCGUGGCGUCGUCCAAGACUAUCGGAAUCUACGACGAUGCCACGUUCAUCAAGGAGAUCGCCGCCGCCGCCGCUGUUGGGGAAGACUCGGAGUGCAAGAAGGCGAAUGGGGUGAAGUCAUCCUCCGACGGACACGGAGCUGGUGCAGUUUGAUGCGACCUGCGAUUCCAAGCUACUAGCGUUGAGCUGAGCGCACGCAGCGAGCAGCUGGAUGGAAGAGGGCCUUGUCCAAGACCCCCAAGUGCUAACUGUCUUGUCAUGUGCCUAUCCGCGUGUCCCUGAAAUGAUGUGUUUACUGACGCUGCAUGCAUUAGGGUCGGAUGAUUGAGAGAGGCUGCACCUGCACUGCAGAGUGGAAGGACUGGAAUAAUUUUGUUCUGUGACCUUUUUUUUUCCUUUGUUGCUAUCCUUUUUGUAAUAUGAUGGACCUACUAAUAUAUUUAAAUUGUAUUCUAUUAUGCUUUUCUGUGGAAAAAGAGCGUUAUGUUCUGAGACUUA